AUGGUGGCGCCCGCGCGGCCCGCGGCGGCGGUGAUGGACGCGUCGGACCUGAUCGGGAACACGCCGCUGCUCAAGCUGAACCGGAUCCCCGCGGCGGAGGGGUGCGUGGGCAACGUGUACUGCAAGAUGGAGUCGCUCAACCCGUGCAGCUCGGUCAAGGACCGGAUCGGGCGCGGCAUGAUCCUGGGGGCCGAGGAGGCGGGCCAGAUCGUGCCGGGCAAGACGGUGCUGGUCGAGCCGACGUCGGGCAACACGGGUAUCGCGCUCGCGUUCAUCGCCGCCGCAAAGGGAUACAAGCUCAUCCUCACCAUGCCCGACUCGAUGUCCAUGGAGCGCCGCAUGGUGCUCCGCGCGUUCGGCGCAGACGUCGUGCUCACGCCCGCGGCGGGUGGCAUGAAGAGCGCUGUCACUAAGGCGGAGCAGAUUUGUAGCAACACUAAGGAUUCGUUCAUGCUGCAGCAGUUUGCAAACCCGAACAACCCGAAGGCACACUACGAGACGACCGGGCCGGAGAUCGCCAACGCGAUCGACUGCGACGUGUUUGUGUCCGGUGUCGGGACUGGCGGGACCGUGACCGGGGCCGGCAGGUACCUCAAGGAGAAGAACCCGAAUACGUACGUGGUGGUGGUGGAGCCCGUCGAGAGCCCCGUGCUGUCUGGCGGGAAGCCCGGGCCGCACAAGAUUCAGGGGAUCGGGGCGGGCUUUGUGCCGGCCGUGCUGGAUACAUCGAUCUACGACGAGGUUGUGCAGGUGCCGUCCGCCACGGCGAUCGAUAUGGCGCGGCGUCUUGCCGUUGAGGAGGGUUUGCUGUGCGGGAUCUCGUCUGGGGCGGCUGUGAUUGCGGCGACUACAGUGGCCAAGCGCCCUGAAUUUGCGGGUAAGAACAUUGUGACUAUCAUCCCCUCGUUUGGAGAGAGGUACUUGACGUCGGCCCUCUUUGACAAGCAGCGUGAAGAGGCGUACGAGAUGAAGGCCGAGUAGAGAGAAAUUCGUAGUGAGAGGAAGUGCGGGCCUAUGUAAGGGGUUUGCUGGAGGGAUAGGAUAUCGUACCGCUUUUUUUUUUUGUAGCAAAAAGGGGGGGUGGGGGAAGCGGGCAGGGUGGUUGAGUUGAGCUGGGCUGAGCUGAGCUGAGCUGAGCUGAGCUGAGCUGAGAUGAGAUGAGCUGAGAUGAGCUGUGAGAGAGGGACGUGUAGGAUGUGUGUAGAAAGUGGUAGGGCGGGGAGGGUGUUGUACUGUAUUUUGCAGGAUGUCAUAGUGGAUGGUGCUGGGCGCUUCAAUCACGGUAAACGCCUUUGAACAUGUCGCUGCAAAA